AUGCCGAGGGUGGUUUCUAGCAGUUGUAAGGUGACACAAGAUGCUGUGAUGUUUGGAUGGUCUCGUGCGCCGACUUCGGGGUUGCAUGUACCGUUCUCAUCCAUCAAGGCUAUCCCAGCGCUGUAUAAGUACUGCAUAAUGCUGGUCAAGCAGGCUAUUAAGCCUGAAACUGGCUUCAAGUCCCGGUCACUACACCGACGAUGUGUGAUAGAGUUGGGGUACAACACCCCCUUCAACUUGGUCAUGGAUUUGUCGCCCCUUAGACAGAGAUUUUGCUCAUCCUAG